GUUAUGUGCUUGAGGUUUUUUCUUAUUCUCGUUUAGCGCUAGGAUCUAUGGCGUCAUCGAUCGGAGGAAAGGAUGCCAGGAAGAUCAAGGGCGGCGGCGCUGGCGGCGCCAAGGCCUCAUCGUUUGGCACAGUCGCGGGGCAUUCGGCGUCCGUAACUUACGUCUCGAUGCUCGGAUUGCUUCUCUUCUGCCCGCCUUUUGUGAUCGUUCUAUGGUACACGCUGGUGCACGGGCAUGGCGCUGUGUCGAGCUUCUGGGAUCUCGCGCAGGCCAAGGGAUUUCAGGCGCUCGUGGAGAUCUGGCCGAGGCCGACGCUCACAGCAUGCAAGAUCAUCGCAGCGUUUGGAUUGUUUGAAGCGUUUUUGCUGCUGGCAUUGCCUGGCAAGAAGUUUAUAGGGCCCGUGUCUCCAUCUGGAAAUCGUCCAGUCUACAAGGCCAAUGGCAUGGCGGCGUAUGUGACGACUUUGCUGGUAUACACGGCAAUGUGGAGAUUUGGAUGGUUCAAUCCAGCUCUUGUCUACGAUCACCUCGGAGAGAUCUUUUCUACUCUCAUUUUUGGCAGCAUAGUUUUUUGUGUUCUUCUCUAUAUCAAGGGUCACGUUGCACCUUCGUCGUCUGACUCUGGAUCAACCGGAAACUUCAUAGCAGACUUUUACUGGGGUAUGGAACUGUAUCCCCGAAUCGGAAGCUCGUUUGACAUCAAGACGUUCACAAACUGUCGCUUUGGGAUGAUGUCGUGGGCUGUUUUGGCCAUCACGUACUGCAUCAAGCAGCAUGAGUUAUAUGGCAAAGUCUCGGACUCAAUGCUCGUCAGUACGUGCCUCAUGCUGGUGUACAUCACAAAGUUUUUCUGGUGGGAAUCGGGUUACUGGUGCACCAUGGACAUCGCACACGAUCGCGCUGGGUUUUACAUAUGCUGGGGGUGUCUCGUCUGGGUUCCAUCAGUUUAUACUUCUCCAGCUUUGUAUCUCGUUCGUCAUCCCAAUGAGCUUGGUACACAGCUUGCUCUGGCCAUUUUGGUUGCAGGCCUUGCCUGUAUCUAUAUAAACUACGACUGUGAUCGCCAACGCCAGCAUUUCCGAAGCACCAACGGAAAAUGUACAAUAUGGGGGAAAGCACCAGGCAAGAUCGAGGCCACUUACGUGACCGAAAAGGGAGAGACAAAGAAGAGCUUGCUUUUAACUUCCGGCUGGUGGGGGCUCGCACGCCACUUCCACUACGUCCCGGAAAUAUCCGCGGCCUUCUUUUGGUCUGUGCCUGCUCUCUUCGAACACUUCCUUCCAUACUUUUAUGUUGUUUUUCUCACAAUUUUGCUCCUGGACCGAGCCGUCCGCGACGAUCAAAGAUGCCGGACGAAGUACAAAAAAUUCUGGGACCUGUAUUGCCGAGAAGUUCCUUACAAGGUACUCCCUGGCGUGUACUAAGUUAAGUUGUUCCAUUUCUUCUUGGUUCAUGGGGAAAAAACUAUUGUCUUGGAGUUCA